CGGCAACAUCCAGCCCUGCGAGCCGAGCGACGAGCUGCCGGAACCAGAAGAAUUUCAAGGAACACAGGCGAUACUGUGUGGCACAGUGUCAGACACAGUGCUUUCCAACAACGACACAGCGAAGCACAUCUCGACACAGCAUCGGUGUAGAGUUCGAGUGUGUUCUGUAGGCAUUGUUGCCAAUCUUUAAAAACAUGUUUCAAUGUGAGCAUUGCUCUUCAGAAAUAACUCUUGACGACGUACCGAUUCAUCAAUGCUUUAUUGAACAGGAUGUUUAUAUGAAAGAAAACAAUAUUCUUUUUGCAACUACAACAAAACAAUCAUCUGAUAGCUGUGAUAUGAAUAAAAAGCAAUCGGAAGAUGAAUGUAUUCUUCCAGAAAUAUCUUCAGGAUCUUCUGAGCCGGUUAAUACAAAACAGCAAGCUGUUUGGGACAAACGUGCAACACUUGCAUUACUAGCUUUAUAUGAAGCAAAUAUAGAAAACAUUGAUCAUCCUAAAAAGAAGACCAAAAUUUGGUCAAAAAUUUCCAUGGGUUUGCUCGAACAUGGUAUUGAGGUGUUGUUAAAAAUUGAAAUUUUACAUAUAUAUAUAUAUAUAUAUAUAUAUAUACCUAUAUUCAUUGUGUGAACAUCCGAGGUGAU